AUGACCCACCAGUAUCCAGCACUCUCUCCGGAGCAGAAAAAGGCACUCUCUGACACAGCUCAGCGGAUCGUUGCUACUGGCAAAGGGAUCUUAGCUGCAGAUGAAUCUGUAGGGACAAUGGGCAACAGGCUGCAACGCAUCAACGUGGAGAAUACAGAAGAAAAUCGCCGUCAGUUCCGUGAUAUUCUCUUCUCUUCCGACCCAACCAUCAAUCAACAGAUUGGGGGAGUUAUUUUCUUCCAUGAGACCCUCUAUCAGAAGGACAACACUGGAAAACUCUUCCCAGCUGUCAUCAAGGACAAGGGCAUAGUGGUUGGAAUCAAG